AUGGAUGAGAAGUCUGAUUCGGAUCAAGAGCUUGCGGCUCCCUCGUACACUGCGGAGCCCACGGGACUGGCCCGAGAGCAGGUAGCUCCCGGCACAGGUGCCUACAUGCAGCAGGAAAGGGUUGGCUCAGCAGAACCAGAUGGUCUGCAGGUGUCGAUGCCCCAGAACUUCACCAUGGCUGAGGCAGGAAUCUCGGAGACCUAUGCCGACUCCGAUGGCGUGUGGACCCCAACCACCGGAUUCGGCCAUGUAUCGGGCUCAUUUCAAGACGUAAUCCAACCGGACGAUCAUCACCAGGUGAAAGAGCUGAUGAUGACCCCAGAUGCUGAUGGCCAAAAGAUCUUACACUGGGCCGCAGCCACCGGAUGCCUGCACACGUUUGAGACCGUUCUGUCAGCUCUAGGCAGCCGGCUGGAUCAAGGCGAGGUUGAACACCUCUUGGCGGCGUCUACGGCAGCCUCAACUAAUGACAUUUUCAGCGAAAGCCGAACGGUGCUGAACUCGGCAGCCAGCAGCGGGGGAAGCCAGGUUUUCGUGGCAGUCCUGGAUUUGCUCGAACGGUGUCUUUCUGCUUGGCAGGUGAAGCGCAUGAUGAUUUAUCAAGAUAUGGACCUCCAGGAGAACCUCCUUCAUUCGGCGAUUAACAGUCGGAGCACCAACGCGUUUGACACCGUGUUGUCGUCGGUGACGAGCCGACUGACGCCGACCGAGGCGAGAAAUUUCCUCCUUCGUGCCGACGACGGCAAGACUCUCCUGCAUGCUGCGGCUGGGAGCGGUAGCAAGGACAUGUUUGAAGCGGUGUUGUCCACGCUGCUCCGCACAUUCGGCCCAGAGAAGGUUCAGGCGAUAUUGACGUCUAAAGCGAAGCACGGCAAGACGAUCCUGCAGUUCGCAGCUCAGAGCGGGAACAAGGAGUCCUUUGGAACUGUUCUGGCGGCGGUGAAGGGCACUCCGGCCGCUCAAAAGGGGACAGACGUGACUGUAUGGUCUUCUAGGAGCGACUCUGGGCGAGUCCUUUGCGCUGCGGCCAGCAGUGGGAGCAGGGGGACGUUUGAGGCUGCGCUGGGGUCCCUGGAGCUUGAACUGCCUCCGGAUGAGGUCAGGGACGCGAUGCGCACGUCUAGCAUGCAUGCAGAACUGCUGGUUGCUGCGGCGAAGAGUGGGAGUAUCGAGCUCUGGCAGGCGGUCGUGAAUGACACAAGGGAAGGGAAGGCGCUUGGCCAGGCGAAAACAAGUGUGGUAUCCGACGACAAGGGGGCAAGUCUGCUGCUGCGCACGGCGGCUUCGCAAGGCACCGUGCGGAUGUGGGAAGCGGUUCGGCACGACUUACUUCUUGUCCAACCAGAACAGGUCCUUGGCUUUUUGUCGCGCAACUCGGGGCUGGCCAACGUGUUGGUGAAGGGGGCCGUCAGGAGUCGAGAUCCUUCCAUCGUGGGAGCCGUGAUACAGUUUGUGCACUGCACGCGACUUGAACAGGGGGUUUUGGAUUUUGGGGCGUUCAUUGGGUCUGGGUUCUCGGACUGGACGACGGUGGUACUGGAAAAGUCAAACUUUGCGCAGGGAGCGGGUGGCGGAGGGCUUGACUGGGCCAUAGGGGCUUUGUCUUGCCUGCUUCAAUACCCGACAAUGUUCGAUACGGCAGAUCUCAUCCAGCUGUCACGAGAACGAUCUGCCGAGUGGCUAAGGACUUGCUUCCUGGAGACCGUGGCGUGCUCCGACAACCCGUUCGUGCCCGGAAUGACCCUGUCGAUUGCGUUUGCCAAGUCGGCCAGCGUAGCUCCCGAAGGGGAGCGUCGGAAACUCCUUUCCCUGCAGGAGAGGGUGGAUACCCUGUUGCUCGAGAUUCUGGAAAGGCUCCCUCAGACUGUGCAGGGGUUCGACGGGGGAAUGACUGGCUGCUCGGCUGUGUUCGAGCCCGAGCUUUCGAGGGAGGAUGCAAGAGGGUUGCCCGGGCCUUUACGGCUGGCGCUGCAAGAGCGACAGCACGUCCAGACGUUUUGCACACAGCCACUCCUCACGGAUUUCCUCUCUCGCCGCUUUACGUAUGGCCUCCCUGGUCUAAGGGACACGCAGAACAUUCUCGGAGAUAGAAGGGAGCUGACUAACCUUGCCAGGGGCGGGCCGGGAGAACUCAUGUCGGGGCAGAAGUAUCUCGCCUUGGACGAAGAGGGACGAAGGAAGGAAGAUGGCAGAAGUCUUGAUCGGUGCCUCUUGCUUGAUCUCCAGGACAAGAUCGGGCAGGAGGGGAAGCUACUGGAUUCACGCAAGAUCAUCGACACGUUGUUGUCCCCUUGCAUCCUUCUGCAGGGCGCAAACUGUGCCGGUCUCUGGAACACCGCCGUUAGUCUAACCUUCCUCCCGGGGGCGCAAUUUACGAUCGCUGGGCUGGUUGGUAUGCCGGAUCAGUACUAUCGCGUCCCAGCGAUGAGAAUGCUGCUGGACCUGGCGGUGUAUCUAGGCAUGUUGGUAUUUUUCAGCACCGUUGUGCUCUUCCACGAAGACGGGCCCCUGACCCCCGGAGAGGCCGCCUUCGCCUUUUACAUACUGGCUGGCAUUAUCACAGAAGGACAAGAGAUGAGGAGAGAUUUCGGCCUCUACGCGGCGGACCACUGGAACAUUCUAGAUCUGCUGGGGCUUGGGCUCGUGACCGGCGGGCUAAUUGUCCGAUGUGCCGACGGGGACAACUCAUGGGGGCGAGCUCUGUACGCUCUCAGUGCUCCCCUGAUAUUUUCGCGACUGUUGUUCUUCGCUCAGAUGCUGCGAUUCCACGGGCCGAUGAUCCAGGUUGUUUUCAGCAUGACCGCGGAGCUCGUCAAGUUUGGAGUCGUAAUAAUCGUCGUGAUGCUCGGGUUUGCCAUGUCCUUCCACGCUCUGUUCGGGGACGUCGACACGUUCGGCGGAACGUGCCUCACUUUGUUCAAAGCUAUGUUGGGUGAGGUCGACUUCUUCGGCUCUUUUCCAGGCAACCAGUACGACUCGGUGGCCACCGCACUCUUUGUCAUCUACCUGGUUGUUAUUGCCGUGAUGCUGCUCAACCUUCUGAUUGCCGUCUUGAGCACAUCCCAUUCCAAGGUGGAGGGGAAGGCUGAUCAAGAGUUCAAGGUGUCGAAAGCCCGAAUAAUCGAGCACUAUCGAAUGGUGGUGGACAUGUGCUUGCUACCCCCCCCCUUUAAUCUAGUGCAGCUGAUACUAUCGCUGCCGGUCAUGGUCAGAGAUCGAUCAGGGCAAGGGACUGCAUCAACGCGCGCACAGGAAGCGGUAGGCCGGAUGGCGUUUUGGCUCGCUUUGGGGCCUGUUGCGGCCGCUUGUGGAACGGUGUUGUGGGUGUUGUCCUCGUUGUUUGCGCCUUUUGUAUGGCAUACGCACUUCUAUAGCAAGGCGCAGGCCAGACGCGGUGCGUUGUCUGUUGGUUCACUCCUAGUUCGGUAUUUGAUCGUAUUUUUUUGGUGCGUUCUUGGGGCCCCGCUGUACCUCAUGGCAUUUUGGCUCACUGCGCCCAUGAAAUGGCUCAAGCUACGACCCUGGUGCUGGGUAUGGGAUCGCCGCCAGGCGCCCUACAUAGCUUCUUGGAAUCCAAAGAGCGUGAACGACUUGCUGGAGGGAAACAGUGGCGGGCUUGUAGCUGGCGAUCUUCAAAUGUACCUUGAAGACCCAAUCGGAGAUCCCGAGGUACGGCCGGACGAGAGAAGAAAGCAAACGACGGUCGAGAAUAUUAAGCAACUGCGAAACCGCCUAGAGAAAACAAUCUUGACCCACUUGGACGCGAAGUUGGAUAGUAUCGAGCAGGAUCGCGCGAGCUCGACUGAUGGCGUACAGGUCCGGUUGGCCCGAAUGGAGGAAAACCUCGCGGGGAUCAGAGCCCAGUUAGAUGACCGGUUACGCCGCGUUGAGGAACAUGUCUCAAAGAUGCAGGAACAGGUCGACGAGAGGAUUGAUAGGUUCCUGAGUAUUGUGGAACAGGCGGUGGAUCGCAGAAACACGUAA